AUGGAACCCAAGCCAGCCAGCUACCAUUUUGGGUCGCACAACCCAAACAUGUUUCUCCAUCCUCUCAAGUCAUGUCGUGUCGCAUCCUGCAAAACUCCAUGCAGAGUGGGAUGGAUGAGUCUGAUUCAACAGUACCCACCAUCUACUAGAUCUGCUGGAUGGUGCCCAGAACCUUUUGUCUGUGGAAGGUAUGAGCCAGAAAGAGAUUGGUUCCAAGUGCUCUCUGCAGAUUGGGAGGGUUGGCUGAAGAUGACAAACCCCAUCAUGAAAGGCUUAUACGGGAACACGCCUGACCCCAUAAAGCACCCUCUGGAUUGGCAAUGCAUAUUGCUAGAGUCCAACCUCAGCAGGAAUCCACCAGCACCUAUGAUGGAAUCCAACCUGGCCAGCUGGCAAUUAUGUUUGGAGACCAUGAUUAAAGAGCUGGAUAAGCGUCAGCCUGGUAGUUCCCCUGAGGUGCCCAUGGAGGUGGAUCCCCUGACCAUCCAACCAAGCUUAUUCAAGCGUCCACAUAAUCUUCAUCUUAUCCUUAUUAACUGGUCUCCAGGAAAUAUCAGGUUUCAUCCAGGUGUCAUACAUCCAAGAGGACAGGCCCUCCUAGCUAUGCAGCCAGGGCAGCCAAUAGCUUCAGGAUCUUUGUCUGGGAAUGUCAGUGAGCCCAAUGUCCCCCCAGCUCCUUCCUCAAAUAGUGAGGGACUUUCAUUCAGUGAAUAUAACUCUUGGGGAGGCUGGUUGACCCCAGUAGCAGCCUUGAGUAAAAGUGAGCUGCAGGAACCAAUUGAAGAAGGGGUUGAGAUUUGGGAGACCAUUAGGAAGAGAGCUACUGCCAACAACAAGAUCAACAACUGUUAG